CAGAUGGUGAAUAUGAUCACUUGACAUAUUCGCGUCCAGUGGGUGAAGUGAAGCCUCAUUACUACACCAUGGCCUCUCAGCUCCGGCGAUCUGCUGACCAACUCUCAGGCGAUGACACAAAGACUGCCAAUGGACCUACAAGUGGAACUUUCAAGAGUAGACGUUCAGCCCAGUCAUCUUCGUCAUCCAACGAACUAAACAUUUCCCGGCCAGAAGCAUCAAUGGAUGACGAAUAUGCCCGCCUGUCAAGCCGUGCAGAUGGUGUACCCAAAGUCAGUAACCUUAAUGCAGAAGCAAGUGAUGAUGAGUAUGCAAGGCUCAAGGUUAACAAUCUUGAUGUUACUGUUGACUCGGGUAAGCGUGGUGCAUAUGCAAAAUUUGAUGAUGAAUUUAACGUCACAGCCAAUACAACACUGGAGGACUCGGACACCAGUCAUAACAGUGCUGCUGAAAUGGAGGUUCUGACACCUGAUGACAAUGUUUGAGACAACCAAGAUGUGACUAGUGGUCCACAUGCAUUCCGAGAAGUGUGAAAUACAUCCCUCUGAAAUUUGUAUGGAGAAAGCUUGACACUAAAAUAAGGGCUGUUGCAUGGUGUCAACAAAGCACUUUCAUCUCUUCAUUGUUGUUUGUGAAUACUAAGAAAGACAGACUUCAAGGUCCUUUGGUGUAGUUGAGUGACACUUACUUAUUUUUUACCCCUGAUUAUAAACCUGUUAUUAUAUAACAAGUUCAGGAAAAGGGACACUUUUGUGCUAUUUUCCAUGUACAGAAACAUAAGUAAUUUUUAGUACACAUGUUCAUAAGUGAAACUUUAAAUACAUUGAAAAACAAAAGUAGUGGUCCAUCCAUAUAGACAAUUGGUUGUGUGUAGACAACAAUCUCUUUUGGGAAGUCUAUUCACCUUUUCAUGUUUUUUGUUUUUUUAUAUAUAUAUAUAUAACAUUGGCCUUUUAACAGAAGAAAACAGGAAAAAAUAAUAUAAACUUCAAAGUGGUGAUAUAUCAAUUCCAGUGUAUCACGUUUGUAUCUUUCUUUUUAAACAUAUUUUACAUGUGAAGGAUAUUUUAUCAUAGUUUGUUGUUUGGAUGACUAUUUCUACAAUUCUCUUUUGACAAUUAUUUGUUAACUUGUGCUUUAUUGGUUUUGUUCCUUAGCAUGUAUAUGAAUUAUUGUAACUACCACUUUAAUUUCUUGUAUUUCGUUCAUUUUCAAAAUGUAUUUGGCUUUUAUUCAGUCAUUUAGACUUAACCCAUUAUUUCAAGUUGGUAAUUUUCCUUCUUAAAGCAAGUUUCUUCUUUACACUAAAAUUGAUAUGAAAUUGAAUUCCUAACUGCCAUAUACAAAGAGGGUGACUCCUCUCCCACUACAUAAAUAUCAGUUUAACAUAACUUUGAUAAAAGUAUCAUAUUUAUAUUUUCUUUAUAUGUGCUGUGAAAUGGACUGGCAAGUAAUGUACACUUGGCUGAAAGGUAAAUAGACAGAUAUAACUUCACCUGCUGUCAUCUGAUUUUUUUUCAUUAAUUUUUCAAUGUUAUGUAUGUAUGUGUUGCGCAUGUGUGCCGUUUCAUAUUGUUGUGCAAUGUUAAUCUCAUGUCAUGAAACAAGAAUAUCAUUUUAUUGAAUAACAUGAUGGCAGUUUGUUAUCAAUUAUUGUAUUUUAACAGUUAUUCAUAUUAUUUAAAAUCUAAGAAAAAUAAAACUGCUUAGCUAAUGUUUUAGAGCAAGUUUUCAGUAUAGAAGUUUGGAAGAAAUCCAGUCUUGUGUAUUACAUAAAUGUUCGGAGCAUCACUAUCCAUAUAUUUUUUUGUAUGUGUGAAACCUACAAUCCAAGACAUGUUCUGAAAUGCAUGUAGUAAUGAGCUUUUUGGUAAUAUCUAUAUUAAAUUUUUAUAUUUACUGCUUGUAUUAAUAUAAUUUAAGUUACUUGUCUCAACUCGUAUUACCAGCAUCUUUCAUAAAAAGAGAAAGUAAAAGUCAGUAAGUCUCUUCUUAAUGCAUAUCAGCAGUGAGCAUUUUGGAGUUUUAAUUAGUUUUACAUCCUCAGUGGCCAAUAUUCUUCAUAUUACUUCUUUUUAAAAUCUUGAUUUAUCCAAACAAAUUAUAUCUGUAAAUUUUUAGUGUACUUGACUGAUGGUGGUAUGGAAGACUGAUACAAAUAUUUUGUUUAAAUUUUUCUCUUUAUUUCAGUAGCAGAUUUAAGAAUAUUCAGAUAUAGAAAAAUAUACAAAUGUGUAUAAAACUUCAGAUAUUAGAUAGCACUGAUUAAAUGUACAUUACUAAGAGAAAAAAAUCAUAAUUCUGAGGUAAAGGCAACAGUCCAAAGGAGAUACAUUUUAUAAAAAAAAAAAAAAAAUGUCCAUCAAGAUAGCUAGACAGAAGAUUAUUAUUAAGUUGGAUUAUUAUAUAAAUAUUACCAUCAAACUGAUAUUAAUUAUAUAUUAAAAGGUUUCAGUAUUAUGGAAUGCAGAACAAAUACUAUAGCAAGUGUUGGGGCUAAUCAAAAUAAUGCACUUGGAAAAUAUUCUUGGGAGAAAAUGCAGUUACAUUCUGGAAGACCUGUUUACUUCAUGUUUUGUCUGUAAUUUUUAGGAUAUGUUUUUUUGUUUUGUUUUAUAUAUAUAUAUAUAUAUAUAUAUACAUCAAGAUUUUGUAGGUUUACAAAAUUGACCCAUUAUACAGUAUAUCACUUUGUAGCUGGUGUUAUGUUGAGAGCAGGAGUUCUUACUGUAUAUUGUACAAAGGUUGUAAAUAGUCAUGUUCAAAUAUGACUUUGUAAUGGUAAAUUUCCAAUAUUCAAUAAAACCAAAACGUUA